GGAGGCGCUUGAGUGAGGGAAGAGAGAGGCUCGAGGAGGGGUGGGGCUAAGUGCGAGGGGGUGGGUAGUUCGAACGUUGGGUGUGCGUGGAGAAGUUAACCCGUUCCCACUUGAGUUAACUAUUUACUGUCUGAGGCGGAGCUUCGUUUUAACCCGUUCGAGGCUGGACUAGGAUAGUUUUUUUUAAUCUGUUGAAGCUUGGGUCGGAUUUUUUUUCUUGCCAGCCUGAUUAUUUGGUAUCGGGACAGCUUUUAACUCCUCGGUGCUCGACCUGGAGCAACUUUAACCCGUGAGUGCCUGGAUUGGGACAAUUAACUCUUCGUUGCCUGCACUAGAGAGGAUGCUUGCUGUUUAACCCUUCGGUGGCCUCUUUCAUCUUUUGGAUUUUUUUUUUAGCUUGUAAAAUUAUUGUUUACAAGUUGCUUUCAAGGGGGCGUAGAGACUCUGUUGCCUUGGGACCUGUGCCUGCUCAAACGUAUCCUCCCCCUAACGUUACAUUUCCAGAUGUGCAAAGUUGCCAUACAGCUGUUGAUGUGAGGAGGAGAAACAAAGACAGAGAAGAACUGGUUCUUCAGAUCCUGCCAGUGCUGUGAGAAUAAUGCAAGUUUAAAGGCCUUUGGAUGACGGACCGCUACUAAGUUCCUUCUGCAAGGGUUAACAGUGGCAACACUUGUGAGAACUUGGGGUGACAGCAAAAGCAAACUUGUGAGAACUUUUUCGGGAUUAAAAGUGACUGAGAGGACUGCACAGAGUUAUAAAUGAAGGCUAGCACAUGAAGGGUUAAAGACGUUUGGUUCCUGAGAACUUAAAAAACUGUCAACCACAGCAGCAGGACACAAAGGGUACCUUGGUGACACCGUCACCCUUUAAGGAACAAGAGGGAACCAACUCCCUUGGACUUAAAAACAGCACCAAAAAUUGUAUCUUGGGGAGAGGAAAUUGCCAAACAAACCAGCAAUGGGUGAUGCUGUCCUCUCUGCCAAUCAGCAGCAACCUAAUGGCAGAACUUCUUCCUUCUCCCCCUGCGGGGAUGCAAGUAGUGGAGACAGCAUUGGAGGGGGAGCUUUUUUGGUGUCUCCACCUACCAACCGGGAACUGCUCCAAGAAGAAGAGAUGGACAGUAGGUGGCAACCGAGAGAAACCAAGCAGCAGGAUGGUAGCCCAAUGAGUGAAGAUGAUGCCUGCUUUGAUGCAGAAUGUGCCACUCCUCUAGUUGGGAAAAGCCGAGGUUUGGGUGCCCCAGCAGGAACCAUUGGUGAGGUUGAGGACCAGAAUUGUGGUGCACCUGCAGGCAUCCAGGAGCCAGGUAAUGAAGAGCAGCUCAACCUUCAGUGUCAAGGCUAUUGUGGGCCUCUUGACCAGAGAUGCAGGCCCCAAGCUGGGGAAGAGGAGGAAAAGCAGUUGGUCAAAAAGAAACAUAGGAGGCGCCCUUCCAAGAAGAAGAGGCAUUGGAAGCCUUACUACAAGCUAAGCUGGGAAGAGAAGAAGAAAUUUGAUGAGAAGCAGAGCCAACGUGCUUCCAGGCUACGGGCGGAGAUGUUUGCUAAGGGGCAGCCAGUUGCACCGUACAAUACCACACAGUUCUUGAUGGAGGACCACGACCAGGAAGAGCCAGACUUGAAGACUGGCCUCUACCCCAAGAAGUCUACCACUAAGUCGGAUGAUACCAGUGAAGAAGACUAUGUGGAAGAGGAGGAUGGUGGUAGUGAUGGGAUGGGAGGGGAUGGCAGUGAAUUUCUCCAGAAGGACUUCUCCGAGACAUAUGAGAGGUAUCAUGUUGAAAGCCUGCAGAACAUGAGCAAGCAGGAGUUGAUCACAGAGUACCUGGAGCUGGAGAAGUGUCUUUCCAGGAUGGAGGAAGAGAACAACCGUCUGCGGAUGGAGAACAAGAAAUUAAUGGGGGACUCGACGGAAGACCCCGGGAUAAGUCAGUUAGAGCAGGAAGUGGACAGGUUGAGAGCUGAGAACCAGAAACUCUUGAAAGAGAAUGAACUCAGCAGACAACAAGAGAAACCUUUUUCCAAAUUGGGAGAGUGAAACCAAGGAAUUUUCUAGGGACUUGUUGAACGGGACAGAAAACCUUCCCCCAAAUCAGAAUGCAAGAAGCUAUCUCCAUAUUGUGUGUGUGUAUGUAUAUACAUAUAUAUAUAGAUAUAUAUAUAAGACAGUGGACUUUUUUCCUUUUUUUGGUGAUUUAAUCAGAAUAAAUUCAUAACCUCAUAUUGUUUUUGAAGAUAG